CGUCCCUUGUGCAAGAACUUAACAUUGGGGACGCCAAUUGACGCGGUGCGCGUUUUUUUUUUCAAACUUUGAUAUUAAAAUUAAUUUUUUUUUCAUUUUAACUUCUUAUUUGGGGGAGUUUUAUAGGGUAUAAGUAUCCCGAGUAAACGCGAAACGGACGUUCGAAUUUUUACACAUUUUUUUUUUAUUUUUUGAUUUUAUUUGAAAUUGGCCAAAGGACUGUCUUGUAACCCGUUUUGCUAAAGGAAGUUGGGCAAGUGUAUUUGUUGGUGGUUUUUUUUUAGUUGCAGUUUGUUAAGAGGACGCGCCAUGAGGGCGUGGUCUCAAUUUCUGGAGCCGGGGCCAGCGUUAACGACACUCUGUAUAGCCAUAGUCCUGAUUACACAAGUACAUGCCGCUCCCACCUUGCCUGACCAAAGCGAUGCCGAGCAGAGUACAGAUGUUGAAUACUAUCCAGUUGCUGACGCAACAGGAUGCUAUUACAACUUCCAACAUUACAAUGAAGGAGACCGAAUAAUCACGAACGAGCCAUGCCUGAACUGCACUUGCCACAACAGAAUGCUCAUGUGUUACCUGCGGGUCUGUCCGUUCACCAAAGCGAUCGGAGCGAACUGUAAAGUGGAAAAGAGACCAGACCAAUGUUGUCCUACCAUCACUUGUCCAGAAGUUCCAGUUCAGUUGCUCACCUCCACUAUUCCAUCAACCGCUGUAGGCCACCUGAAUGAAUACGGUUGCUCCAUUGAUGGUUUGUUUUAUUCUGACGGAGCGAGAGUACCAUCAAACCCAGAAAACCCUUGCGAACUCUGCUACUGUAUCAGAAACAAAACUGCUUGUGUUAUGCAGGAAUGUACUUUGAACGUUGAUGGCUGUAGGCCAGUCUUCCAGGAAGGCGUCUGUUGUCCUGUUCGAUACAAUUGUGAACAUCCCGAAUACCUGGAAGGCCCUACGACCCCACUGAUUACGUCUACAACCACCACAACCACCACCACAACAACAGAAGCACCUACCACCACUCUCCUACCUUCCUACCAAUGUGUAUAUGAUGGUCAGCAAUACAACGAUGGUGAAUUGGUGAAAAAUGACAUACCAUGCGAAAAAUGCUACUGUAUGCGAGGUGAUAUUGUGUGUGCUGUUCAAGAGUGUGGACCAACACCCCUGGAUAAAGUCAACUGCACUGCCUUACCUAUUGCAGAAGGUCAAUGCUGUCCAGAUACUUAUGAUUGUGCUGGAGUCCUUGAAGAAGAGCUUACGACGCUAUCAUCUGUUUCUUAUGAGUUUGAACCUACCACAGUCCCUAGCGUAAUUAAAGAAAAGGCUGAAGCCACUGAAGGACCUUUGACGACAGCUCAGGGUGAAGAAGAAUCAGAAGUUAAACCUGAAGCAGUAACUACUGAAAUAAUCACAAAGGCAACAGAAGAAGCAGUAUCUCCUGCUCAACCUAGUGAAAAAACAGAAACUAGAAUUCCAGGAAUCUCCGAAGGAUCUGAAACAUCACCAACAAUACUGCCUGAAAUUCUCGAAGAAUCAACCAAAUCCGCACAACAAACUGAAAAACCCGAUAUCGAGGAAGUUACCCGGGUAGGCGAAACCACAGAAUCCAUUAAGGAGGAACCAGUUACACUCAUCACUCCAGAAGGUCCCAAAGAAACUUCAUCUGAAAAGGUUGAGGAAAUACCUGCUGAAACUCCUGCUACUGAAGAGAUCUCAGCAACAACCGCUAGCCCCAUAGAAGCUAUUACCAGCAGAAUCACUGAGGUCAUUGAAUCUAUUACCUCGAGAGUUACUGAAACGGUUGAAGCUAUUACUGGUACCAUUGCAGCAUCUAGCAGCGAAAGAAGUGAAACUGAAAAGGCAUCUGAAGAAGUCACUGAACCAGUUAAGGAAGAACACACAGAAAUACCACAUAAGGAAGCUGUUGAAAAAGAAACAACUGAGGAAUAUGGAUCUGAUAAGUCCAGUAAGACACCAGUCGUUUCUGAAAAAGAAAAAGCUGAAACUCCUGAAGCGGAACAACUAACCACUGAAGCAGUGUUACCAGAGAAAGAAUCUGAACAACCAGAAGAACCAGAAACAGAAGAUCAUUCAGAAGAAUAUCCAGUAGCUCAUGACGGGGAAGACACACAUGAACAAGAAAUUCCCAAAGAAGAAGAAGAGGAAGAGGAGGAGGAGGAGCGACAGAAAACAGAAUCACCACUCUCAGAACAUGUGAAACCUCAUACUGAUCAGGAAUCUCCGGUUACGGAAGCUACAACUGAAAAACAAGUAUCCGAAGGUGAAACACCUAUCGCCACUGAUUUACCAAGCAGGAUUCCUGGAGAGGCACUAGAAGAAAUUACAGAAAAGCCAAUUGUACCCACCAAGUGUGACAAAGAAGGAUGCGAAAGAACCCCUAUUGCACCAACAGGAUUGCCAGAAGUUGAAGAAAAGGUCACUGAACCUGCUAUUGAAACAUCUUCCACUCAAGUUAGAAUUGCACCAACGGAACAAUCGGCUACUGAACACAUACCAGAAUCUGAGACCGUCAGCAAAGAGCAAUCAGAGAAAUCUACAGAAUCAGCUCUUACAGACCAUAGUCCGGAAACUGAGGUACCUAAAAUAGAAACAACUCCUAGCGAAGAAGAAGGACUUAUUAUCGUUACUGAACUGCCAACAAGAAAAACUGAGGUGCCAGAAUCUAUGGAUCAUGUUUCAGAAACUGUGCUGGCCACAGAAGCUCCUAUAGCUACCACUGUUAAACCUACUGAGGCAGUUGAAACUGGCACUAAAAUAUCUGGCGAAGUAUCAGCCACAAUUGCGCCUGAAGAACCUGAAAAACCUUCUGCUACACCGGAACAAGAAACUAAAGUACCUACAGAAUCCCAACCUACUGAUCACAUCAGGAUUUCUGAGCACACAACUGAAUUACCUAAAGAAGAAGAAAAUGAAAUUGACCAUGAUGAGGCUGAGGUCACCGGUGCAGAAGAAGAGCAUGUUACUGAAGGUAAAAUUGCGGAACCGACCAAAGCUGCUGAAGAAGAACCAUUACCAGCAGCUCCUGCUCAUGAUGAAACAGAAGAAGAAGAACAUGUUACGGAAGGUCAAGUUAUUGAACCAACCAAAGCAAUUGAAGGACAGCCAGAAUCUCAAACAGAAAUUACGAGUUCAGAGGAGGAGCAUAUUACUGAGGGCAAAGUUACUGAAUCAAUCAAAGUGGCGGAAGAACAGCCAACAGAGCCAACUCCUGCACACGAUGAAACUGAAAUUGCAGGGGAAAAAGACGAAAAUAUCACUGAAGGAAAUGUUACUGAAAAACCCAAAGUGGCUGAAGAACUGCCUACAGAGCCAAGUUCUGCACAUGAUGAAGUUACUGACGCAGAGAAAGAACGUGUUACUGAAGCAACCAAAGUGGAUGAAGAACAGUCGACUGAACGCAUUUCUUCAAUUCCUUCACAUGAUGAAACCGAAGUCACAGCCGCAGAAGAACAACGUACUACUGAACCAACAGAGACAGUUCCACCGGCAUAUAAUGAAACCGAGGUUGCAGGAGAAGAAGAAGAGCAUAUUACUGAACCAACCAAAACUGUUGAAAAACAACCAACAGAGCAAACUCCUUCACACGAUGAAACAGAACUUACAGGUCAAGAAGAAGAAGAAGAAGAAGAGCAUGUUACUCAAGGGAAAGUUACUGAACCAACCAAAGUGCAGGAAGAACAGCCAACAGAGCAAACUUCUUCACACGAUGAAACAGAAGUUACAGGUCAAGAAGAAGAAGAGCAUGUUACUAAAGGGAAAGUUACUGAACCAACCAAUGUGGCUGAAGAACAGCCAACAGAGCCAAUUUCUGCACAUGAUGAAGUCACGAGCGCAGAAGAAGAACAUGUUACAGAAGGUCAAGUUGCUGAACCAAACAAAGUGUCCGAAGAUCAGACAACAAAGACAGUUCCUGCGCAAGAUGAAACCGAGGUUGCAAGUGAAGAAAAAGAGCACAUUACUGAACCAACCAAAGCAGCUGAAGAACAGCCAACAGAGCAAAUUUCUUCACAUGAUGAAACAGAGGUUACAGGGGAAGAAGAAGAACAUAUUACUGAGGCAAACAAAGCAGGUGAAGAACAAUAUCCCACUGAGACAAUUUCUUCACACGAUGAAGCAGAGAUUGCAGGUGAAGAAGGAGAGCAUAUUACUGAACCAACCAAAACUGCUGAAGAACAACCAGCAGAGCCAAUUCCGUCACAUGAUGAAACCGAAGUCACCGGUACUGAAAAGGAGCAUAUUACUGAAGGUAAAGUUACUGAACCAACCAAAUCUGCCGAGGAACAACCAACAGACGCAGUUCCUUCACUGGAUGAAACAGAAGUUACCAGUGCAGAAGAACAUGUUACAGAAAGCAAAACUACUGAACCAAAUAGAGUACCUGAAGAACAACCAACAGAGCAAAUUCCUUCACACGAUGAAACAGAGGUUACGGGUGAAGAAGAAGAGCAUAUCACUGAAGGCAAAGUUCCUGAACCAACCAAAGCAGCUGAAGCACAACCAACAGAACCAGUCUUUUCACUGGAUGAAACCGAAAUUACAGGGGCAGAAGAAGAGCAUAUUACUGAAGGAAGAGUUACUGAACCGACCAAACCUGCUGAAGAACAACCAACAGAACCAAUUCCUUCCCACGAUAAAACCGAAAUCACUGGAGCAGAGGAAGAACAUAUUACUGAAGGAGCUGAAGAGCAAUCAACAGAAACAAUUCCUUCCCACGAUAAAACCGAAAUCACUGGAGCAGAGGAAGAACAUAUUACUGAAGGAGCUGAAGAGCAAUCAACAGAAACAAUUCCCACACACGUUGAAACUGGUGCAGAAGAACAUAUUACAGAGGGCAAAGUUACUGAACCAACGAAACCAAGUGCAGGGGAAACAAUUCCUGCCCACGAUGAGACAGAGGAUACAGAAGAAGAGCACAUCACAGACGUUGAAGUUAGUGAAACAACCGGAGCACCUGAAGAACAACCAACUUCCGCUGCAACGAAAGUACCAGAAUUCAUUCCAGAAGGACAAGUUACUGAAAAAACAAUUAUUCCGGAAGUAUGUACUUCUGAUACUGAUUGCGCUCAACCUGUUAUUCCAUCAGUACCAGAAAGUGAGUCAGCAACAGAGGUCGCUAGGCCCGAAGAAGAGAGUGAAAUUUCAGGAGGAACCACUGAAAGCAACAAAAUUCCAGAAGAGCAUACAAAAGAAACCAAUGAAAUACCUAAGAGUAUUACUGAGGAAGUUUCCAAGCAACCUGAGGAAAGUUCCGGUGAGAAAACUACAGAAGCUCCGGUUCAAGAACAAGAAGAAGGAUCUGGUGAUGAGGGUAGCGGAAGUGAUGCUGAACUUACUACUCCUUCUGAAGCAAUUCACAAAAUAUCUGAACCUGAAGAGCUUGCAACGAAGGCAGAAAUUCCAGAAGAAUCUAUUGGUUCCACAGAAAAAUCAGCUGAAGCCAUUCCAACUGAAGCAGGAACAACUGAAUAUCCUGAGAAAACCGAAUUGCCUGAUAGAGAAAUUCCUGGAGAAGGCAACUGUUUGGUUGACGGACAAUCAUACAAAAACAACAGCAGCGUACCACCAAUUAAUCAUUGUCAGACUUCUUGCAAAUGCGUCAGUUCAAUUCUAAGAUGUGAGUCCAUUGAUUGUGACCCACCACCAGCAGGUCUUCAAAACUGUCUGCCAUACUUCGUUAGCCCUGAAAGCUGUUGUCCUACAUAUAGUUGCACUGGACCUGAAGUAACCAGCUCGCUGGACACUGAAAGCCCUCUGGAGAUGACAACAUCAGGCCUUGUGGCGAAAGAACCAUCAAAACCUGUAGAGACCGGACCAACCAUGCAACCUGAAGAACUCACCACCCAGCUCUCAGCAGAAAGAUCUACAGAAAAACAAGUCACAGAAGUAACAUCUGCUGCAGGUGUGCUUCCUGACCAGUCAACUACUGAACAACCCUCAGAAGUGUCAAAGGCAGAAGACACCUCCGAAGAAGCUGAACAAGUCACAGAAGAAAUCAGCAAAACAAGUGAAGCAGUAGUUACUGAAGAAACCAAAUCACAGCCUGAGGAAGUUACUCAAGAACAAGAGGUAGGAACAGAAGAACCGAAAGCACCUCAAGUAAGAUACACAACAAUUUCUGCUGUUGAUAUUGGACAGACAGAAGUCCAAACCAUACAGCCCAGUGUUGAAGUGACAUCUGAGGCUCAAGAAGCUGCCCUCCCAGAAGGUGCUACCAUCACUCCAGAACAACCAGAAAUAAUAACUAAGGCCGCUCCUCAAGAAGAGCACAUUACCGCAACUCCUGAAGUCAUCACUCAGCAAUCAGAAAAAGAAGAAACAACUACAGUCAGGAAAGAUAUUACUGAAGUGCCAACGAAAGCUGAAGCUCCCACAGAAGCAACCAUUGAACAGGAAACAGUUUUACCAGAACAACCAAUAAAGGAAGGAGAGGUCGAGAAAACUGACCAUUCUGAAAAACCAGAAAAAGAAGUAGAGAUCACAGAAUUGCCAACUUAUACCGAGAAGCCUUUAGAAGAAAAAGUUAGUUUUGUUGAGCAACAAACUGUAGCCACUGAUGUUUCUGCAGAAGAACCAAUGGUAACUGAAGGCAUACAUAAAGAAGGUGUACCCGAGAAAGAACCAUCAAAGGAAGUGGUAGAUAAAGAAGGAACUGAAGCUUCCGAAGUAAUUACAGAACAACCAACAACACCUUCAAUUGAAGAAGAAGAAGUAUCUAUGCAUAUUACAGAAGAGGAAAUGCCUACGGCUAAACCAAUCGAAUCUGAUUCUCAUGUCACCAUUAAAAUCCCUGACGCAGAAAUUCAAACAAAUGCUCCUGAAGUAACGGCAACACCUGAAAGAUCGGUGACUGAAUCCAGUAAACCUCAUGCCGAAAGCACGGAGUUUGUAAAGGUAGAGGAUAACGAAAUUGGCGUAGGAGAAGAAGAAGACCAUAAAAUAACUGAACCUAUUGCGGAAACCGUAACUCCAUCUUCUGAGAUAGAGAUGCCAUCUGCUCCAAGUGUAACAGAGAAGAUCCUGGAACCUGUAACAUACAUUACUGCUCAGACCCUACCAAGUGAAGAAGAAAAGGUUUCUUCCAGUAGUGAAAUCUUGCCAGAAUCUCCAACUGAAUCCACAGUUACUAAAAACGCUGGAGAGGAGACCGAAGGAGCUGCUGUAGAGGGAUCUACAGCCGUAUCACAGGGAGAAGCUGGUACCACUACUCCAGCAACAAUUGAAGAAAUCACUACAGCUGAACCAAGCAAAGAACAUAUUGUUCCGAGCGAGCCAGAAAUUCCUGAGAGUACUGAACGUUCAGAACAAGAAGCAACUGAGAAACCGGAAGAAGAAAUAGAGCUUACUGGAAAACCAGAAGUUGAAGAAACUGCUCCGGUUACUGAGGGUUCAGAACCUCAUGUUAUACCUGAACAACCAGUAACACUAAAUGAAGUUGUACAAGAAACUACUGUUAUUAGCGAAGUUGAAAGUAGUUCUGAAUCAGGGGAAAUUGCACCAGAGGAGCCUACUAAACAGCCAGAAGAAGAGCCUGUAAAACAACAGCCUAAGUUUACAACUGAAAAAUCUCAAGAAUCUGAUGAAAGUAUACUUGCAACUGUUUUGCCCGAGGAACAACCAAUUGAAGAAGAAAUAGAGAGUGAAGCUGCUGUGCCAACUGAGAAACAACCCUCAGGGGACGAAAAGGGCAUUUCAACUACCCUAGCAAGUGAAGCGGAAGAACAAAAAGAGAAAAUACCUGGCGAAGAAACUGCAGCAGUUGAAACAGAAGAACCGAGUGCACCAGAGGAAAGUGAAACACCAUCUUCUGCAACAGAAAAAUCGGUUUUACCUGAAGAAUUCCAAACUGUUAAACCUGAAGAAGAAACACCUAAGCCAAUGGAAGUAGAAGAUCAUAAAACAGAAAUUCCAACUCUGUCCGAGCCCGAAGUUGCAACUAGUUUACCCGCAGAAGAAUCACCAAAGACAGAAGUUGUUCCAUCAUCCUCUGAAGCUCCCAUCGUAUUUCCAGAAGAAGUUCCAGUAACCAGCAAACCGUUUGAAGAAAUCCCAACGUUCACCUCACCGGAGCAAGGCACUCAAGCGCCGGGAGAAACUGUUUCUAUUCCUGCCCGUGCUGGGGAGCUGUUUACUUCUGGACCUAAAAAAGAAACCACCACACAAGAACAUAUACCAGGAGAACUAUCCACAUCACUGCCACCCCAUUCAAGCGAGCAAACUACCAUUUUGCCAGCCACCACAAGCACCACGGAGUUCACUCCGGCUCACAUUACAGGAGAACAGGUGCCAGAACCAUCUGAUUAUGAACAACCAGCAGGAGAUGAAUAUGAAGACGAGGAGCAAACCAGCUUUGGACCCGGAACUUGCCGAUAUGGCGGCAAAGUUUACGUGUCCGCUCAGCAAAUACCCCGAGACGAUCCAUGCGACUUCUGCUUCUGCUUUAGAAGCGACAUCAUCUGUUUGCAACAGAGCUGUCCUCCGCCAAUACCCAAAUGCCACGAAGAACCGAUCAGAGGGUUCUGCUGUCCGAGAUACGAGUGUCCAGUUAACAUGGCCACCACUCUGAACAUCACCACCAGUACCACCACCACGACCACCACGUUGCCACCACACUUCUUAGCGCACGCGUAUAAGGGCAGGGCAACGAAGACUGGUUGCCAGAUCGCUGGCAAAGCGUAUAAAGUGGGAGAGAUUAUACGGUCGACGAGUGGGCCUUGUCUACAUUGCACAUGCGGCGGUGAUGGUCAAAUGAAAUGCGAUCCAAAACCAUGCAGUCCAGAACCGAUGUUGAGACAGAUGAUCGCCGCGGCAGCCCUAAGGCGACGAAGAUGAGAUGUUGCUUUUACGUCGGAUGUAAAUUAGUGACAUAAACUGCGCCAACGAUUGGGUGCAAAGUGAUAAAAAGACAUUUUAUUGAAAUUGAAAACGGAUUCUGGGGGUGCCAAACAAAAAUAAAAAAAUAAUAAAAAUACUGGACAAUUAGGUAUAAAGUGUUCCUUUAAAGGGAUGAAAGGAAGUGGGAGGCCUGCGCAAGAGAUGAUUUUCUAGUCAAUACAGUUAGUUGCUAAUAGGCUACAGUUAGCUAUACAGGCUAGGCGGACAUCUUUUGUGGUAGGUUGGUCACAACGUAAGUCAUCGCAGGAAUUGGAUAAAGGUGAAUAUCGAACAGCCUAUGGUGUUUAUAAUGGGGAUUGCUUGGUGGGGUGUUCUGGAUAAUAUACAGAAUGCGCCACUGAAAUUUGUAUUUUGAUUUUUUUUUGGCUGUUUUUAUGUGAUAUUUACCUUUUAUGACAAAAGAAAUGUACUCAUUGGGCAAGUUACUUACCAUUAAGCCAAUAUGUGCUAGAAAUUUUUUAUACAUUAACAGAACAUUAUCAAAUACCCAUGAAUGUACCAACAAUCAAUACUCGGGAAUGGAUACAUUUCUGGAUGAUUCUAAGAUCUUUUUGGAAUAUUUCAAGAACAUUGUAUUAAUUGCCAAAAAAAACAGUGUUUAAUGGAGUUUUCAUGUUGAAAUGGGUACAUUUCCGUUCAAUAUUCCUGGAAAAAAACGCGCUACAAUCAUAGCAUUCAAAUUGUAUACUCGACUUUGUGUAAUAAUGACUACUCGACUGAAUAAAAAAAACUGAAAAUUUUUUACACUUUUGUAAUGUAUAUUUAGAGUAUUUUGGAGUGUCGUUUAUUGUAUAAGCCAAUCAAUUAUAUUUCGGAGGCUAAAGUAGUGUUUUUUUUUGUUUUGUUAAAUUAUCUAAAAAAGGGUGCGUUCAACGAUGGUUUAAACCGUCGUUGGAUCAACCGUCGUCAGUGUUGCGUAUCCCGACACACGUCUGAGUUGUUUGACCGGUAGAAAUUCAAUAAUUAAUCAUUAGCAAUUUUAACUAUAAGGAUCGUAGUAUAUUUAAAAAAAAAACGUAUUUUUUUCACGGUUUCUGCUGCUUGAACGCUCAGACUCGUUUUUGUAUAUUAUCGGAUGCUCAAUAUUUAGUAAUAAGUAGAAUAUGUAAUAUUUAUCAAUAAAUUAUGUAAAUGUA